CAUCUUCAAAUCUAUCUUUGACCGUCGUACUCUCUCUCUCCUCUUUAACUCUCUCUCUCUCUCCCUUAUUAAUUUUCUCUCAUCAUCACCCUUCACCUUUUCGCCGCUGUUGCAGACUAUGCUCUACCCAAAAUCGAAAACACACAUACAAGGAACAACAACAAGAAGAGCCUCCACACUCAUGUAGAGAGAGAAACUUUCAAAAAAAUUUCACUUUUUUUUUUUUGCGCCCCUUUCCCUGUCACUGCCACUGCAUAAAAGAUCUCUAUAUAUAUAAAAUUUUCCAUCAUUCAUUAGCAGCAGAAAGAGAAACACUCAUCUUCUUCUUCCUCUGAUUUCGAUACCCUUCUUUCAUUAUUAUUAAACUUCCUCUCUCUCUCUCUCUGUGUGUGUGUUUAUCUCUACAACUCUGAUUCGACGGCUGUGAUCUUCUCGUCUCUCCAAUCGUACGUCCAGGGGUCCUUUGUCUGUCUCUUCUCAUCGUCACGUCUCUCUCUACGAAUGGUCUUUUAAGGCGCAUAGAACUGUGGGGCUAUUUGUCAUAGCAUCUGUAAAUGAUCUUAUUUCCUUGAUUUCGACUGUAGUUAGAGAGUAGCUUCUCUGGAAAACUAAACAUGGAGUCCAACGGUCACAGAAGAGUAAGGAGACAUGAUUAUGUUGUUAAAGAAAAUGGUAAUUCCCAUUUGUCGAAUCUUGAUGAUGAACAUGAUCCAUGGACUGCAUGGGCAUACAAGCCUCGUACGAUCACAUUGUUGCUUAUUGGUGCUUGCUUUCUUAUUUGGGCGAGUGGAGCACUUGAUCCAGAAAGAGAUUCGUCCGGUGAUGUUGUUACUUCAGUUAAAAGGGGUGUAUGGGCAAUGAUUGCUGUUUUUCUUGCUUAUUGCCUGCUGCAAGCUCCUUCCACGGUUCUUAUUAGGCCACAUCCUGCAAUAUGGCGCUUGGUCCAUGGGAUGGCCGUUGUUUACCUGGUUGCCCUCACAUUUUUGCUUUUUCAGAAGCGUGAUGAUGCUCGGCAGUUUAUGAAGUAUCUUCAUCCUGAUCUUGGUGUUGAACUUCCAGAAAGAUCCUAUGGUGCUGAUUGUCGCAUAUAUCUGCCUGAAAACCCUGCAUGCAGGUUUAAGAAUGUUUAUGAGACACUUUUUGAUGAGUUUGUUCUAGCUCACAUUAUUGGGUGGUGGGGGAAGGCAAUAUUGAUUCGUAAUCAGCCCCUUCUUUGGGUGUUAUCAAUUGGUUUUGAGUUCCUGGAGCUUACUUUUCGUCACAUGUUACCGAAUUUCAACGAGUGCUGGUGGGACAGUAUUAUUCUUGACAUCUUGAUCUGCAAUUGGUUUGGAAUUUGGGCUGGGAUGAAUACUGUUAGGUACUUUGACGGGAAAACAUACAAGUGGGUUGGUCUAAGCCGCCAGCCUAAUAUAAUAGGAAAAGUGAAAAGAACAUUAGGCCAAUUCACACCAGCUCAGUGGGACAAAGAUGAGUGGCAUCCAUUGCUUGGUCCUUGGCGUUUUAUUCAAGUGCUUAGUCUUUGUAUUGCAUUUUUGACAGUUGAGCUCAACACAUUCUUUUUGAAGUUCUGUCUCUGGAUACCUCCACGCAAUUCAGUUGUUAUAUAUAGAUUGAUUUUGUGGUGGCUACUUGCAAUUCCAACAAUUCGUGAGUACAAUUCAUACCUUCAAGACAGAAAGCCAGUGAAAAAGGUUGGAGCAUAUUGUUGGCUCUCUCUAGCCAUAUGCAUAGUCGAACUUCUGAUUUGCAUCAAGUUUGGACAGGGCUUGUAUCCAAAUCCGAUGCCUUUAUGGCUGGUAAUAUUUUGGUCAUCUGUUGGAGUGGUAAUUCUUACAUUUUUGGUUUUUUGGUCUUGGCAAAACCAUCGGUGUCUAGAGAAAAAGAGGCGAUAAUUCCACUAUUGCAGUGCAUUAUUCUUUGAUUCCUUCCUGAUUUUUAAGGGUAUCUAUCCAUAGCCAUACAUGGUGUAAAUACUAUCAUCCUCAUAAUUGUAAAUGUCGUAAGUGAUUAUUCUCCUAGGGUAGUGGUUAUCAUAGUUUCUUUGAGGGGCAAAUAUUAGUUUCAACUGGUAGAAGGAUGUACUUCUUAUGAGGCUUCUGAAUAGGUUUCCACCAUUAGAGAAUUGGCCAAUUUCUUCCUCUUGGAAUGAAUCAUUAUGAAGUAUGUAUUCAGUUAUUUGAAUGAAAUUUUGAA